AAGAUACUUCCGGCUGUCUGCCAGUCGCCUACCACCCAUUUCCACAACGUAAAUGUGCGGUUGAGAGCUAUUUCACAAACAGUUAUGCUGUCCAAUCUCGUGAAGCAACAUCAGACUCGACAACAGUCCAGAAAAGAACUUCAAGAAAGGAGAAAGAAGGAUGCCAUUGUAGCAGCGACUGCUCUGUCCCACGUUCUGGUCGAUCAUCUGAAUGCAGGUGUUGCUCAGGCGUAUGUAAAUGAGAAGAAGUUAAAUACAGAAACCAAGAUCCUGCAGGAAAAUGCUGCCCAGUUCUCCAAACAGACCAUGCAGUGGCUCAAGCUAGUGGAAGAUUUUAAUACAGCCCUGAAAGAAAUCGGUGAUGUUGAGAACUGGGCCAAGAGCAUUGAGACUGACAUGAGGACAAUAUCAAGUGCUCUGGAAUAUGCCUACAGGAAAAGUACGUCAAGCUGAUGCAGGUUUAACCCACUGUGAAUAGAGAACCGAUAAAGGAGAUGUUUCAUGAAUCAAGCAUUUUGGACAGUACUGAACAUUCCUGCCACAUGCAAGACGUGGGAUAUAUAAGCUGGCGGUUUGCUGAAUACUCAACAAGGUCCCUGCCACAUGCAGUCCUUGUCACAGAAAUAUAUUUAGAGUAAAUUGUAGCUGAAAAUAAGUAUGCAAUUUUGUCAUCUAGUGUUAUUAUGAUUACCUUUUUUGAAAUUUAAUCUAUGUUCCUCGUUGAAGAUUCGUUAUGUAAUACUUAGACCAAUUGAAGAACAUGUGAGAGGUCACACAUUGCCCAGGUCUCGAAAGAUGCCUGUGUAGAAGUCAUGUUUCUCAGGAACAUGUUUUCCUGGGUUAUAUCGAGGGGUAAUGUGUCUCCAUUAUAUUUUAAUGAAUAACACAGACUCAUUUGCUACCUUGACUUUGUUUCUGCCUCCAAUUUUCCAAUCUCUAGGGUCAUGCUAUUCGGUACAAGUUGGGCUUUAAUGAGUCUAUGGUGGUGAAUGGGUCCAGGGUGUUAAUCAGAUAACAAAAUAAUACCUGGCUAAUAGAGGAUGUCACCUCUCAGUUGCUGAAAAAUUGUUUUAUGCCAUUGUGUCAGUCUCCCUAAAAGGUUUGAAAUAUGCUGAGAGAAUUUGUGCAUUUUGGGUUAAAAGUACACCUGUACAUUUCCAUUCGGUCUUCCAUAUCCAGUUGUGACCUUUCUAGCACUACUGGUGGGGAUAACAAUGCAAUAUCCCAUCCUUGUAAAAUUAUGGGCACUUGUCAAUAAUGUAUUGCAUAUAUUUAUCGGUGACUACAGAUAUAGUACAAGUUGAAGGUUAAGUAAAAUGUCUGUCCAGAAGAGAUGCACAGAGAAAUGUUUUUGACUUUGACUUAAAAGGCUUCUGCACAGACAGAUAUUUUGCAACAGUACCUGAUGUAUACUGUUCGUGUUUAUGUGUUCAGUGUACAAAGCUUCAAACUUGUCCGUGUACAUGGCAUUUUGUAACGGUUUUGUUGAAUGCUAUAUAUGGUCACUGUUAGUAUCACUAGGGGCAACAUUGGUGCCUCAUUUCCAAAUUGCAGAGUUACAUCCCUUGGGCACAUUGGAAGCCUGUGAUCGUGGGUCUGAAUAUUGGUUCACUUUGAUUUUGUUUCUGGUUUGUCAACAAGGUGAUGAGCAUCUAACACCUGCACAUCAAGUUGACACGCUGUGAUAUAACAGUUCACAGCAUAUUGGUGUGUCAUGACUCUUCUGUACAUAGAGCUUGUCCACAGACUGACACAAGAUUAUCCCUGUAUAUGACGGGCAUGCUAUUUUGGAUUAAAAUGAAACUUGAGACUGUAUUGUCACGGGGGAAUUGAGAAUGAAAUGGACACUGAUUCAGAGGGGUAAUAAUGCCAAAAGCAUUCACUCUGUGAGUGGAAUCUGGACGAGAUGGUUGAUCUUAGACAAUUUUGCAACAAUGUCAGACUUCAAAAUUGAAAUAUAUAUUUAUUUUGUAACACCAAGAUUUCUUUUAAUAUUCAUUAAUAAAUGAAGUUAAAGAACACCCAAGUCAUUUACAAACAAUUUGUUGCUCUGUAUAUUCUUUUGAGUAGUAAAGGUCUCUCUACCAGGAAACAUGUCCAGUUCCAAAAAAACUUUGUUUCAAUGUGUCUUUGACUUGAUCAGAGGGUGUGUUUUUUGUGAAAAGUUAUACACUGUGAUGUUGUUGGUAGAUCAAUCUGUGUAUGUGAUGUUUCUAUAAAAUUUGUAAAUAAAUAUAUGAGAAGUA